GUAAUUGAUUUGGCAUGCACCUUACUUGUUUAAUCUUUAAUUAAAAAAUGUAGAAAAUUCUGAAUACAUUUUGUUUUUACUUUCUUUAAAAGGGUAUUAAAUGCAAGGUAGGGUGUGUGUGUAAGAACACAGAGAAGCAGGUGAGGUCAAACUAGACACGACACUUAAUGCAUUGAGCAGAAGAAGAAGAGGAAGAAUUAAGAAGAGAAAGAAAACAAAAAAUAAGGAUGGAAGUUAAAGGAGAAGAAGAGAGAAGAAGUAGAAGAGAAGAUGAAGAAAAAGAAGAUUACUACUCUCUUCUCAACUCUCCAUGUUCUGCUUGUCACAAAGUUGUUCAAGCCAUAUUGAAGUGUCUUGGUCUUGAGUCAUCAUCAAUACCACCACCAUCAUCCUCAUCUUCAUCAUCAUCAUCACCAUCAUUAGUAGAAGAAGAAGAAGAUCCAGGAACUGAAACUGUUGAAGAAACAGGAUUUAUUGCGAGGAUUACAGGAGUGUUAAGAAGGAGACCAAGACCACCUUAUAGCUCAGGACGACCUGGUCAAAACAAUUGAUUCUGACUAACACUCUUAAAAAGACAAGCUUAUGUCUCUUUGUGUGUCUUCUUGUUGUUUAAAACUCACUUGUGAUCUUAAAAUUUCUUUACUUCCAUUUUUUUUUGGUUCUGUCAGCGGUUUUGCUUUUUUUUUUUUUUUUCUUUCUUACAUGCUUUAUUUAUCUGAAAUAAGACAAAAUUGGUAAGACUCUUUUGUAACAUUUUUUUUUUUUUUUGUCGGCCUCUUUUGUAACAUAGAUUUCAUGUUUACCUUCUAAAAUACAUGAUUAUAAAUUGAUUAUAGAUUUAUGUUUACCUUCUAAAA